AUGAUAGCGACUACGGAGGUGGAGGCACGACAUGCCAUUCCAGGAUGUUCGUACAGCAUCCACUCGAGUAGCAUUGAUGAUCUGGAUGCUGGUCGACCAGCUGGGCCUGUGAUCAAGUUUGCAGGAGUUGGUGACCGAGUACUUCAUCAGUGGCACUGCGAUGAUCAAAUGUUUGGAAUACUCAUCAACAAUUGCUAUGUCACUGACGGAUUCGGCAAGCGUGCUGAAGUUAUUGAUUCCAAAGGGUAG